AUGCCGGACGACGAUCAAGCUUCAACGCAAUUUUCUGCAUCGGAGGUUAACUUGCUCAUCUAUCACUAUCUCAAAGAGUCAGGCUUUCUGCAUACAUGCUUCACACUCAGGUAUGAAGCGCGCUUGGACGACCUGCCAGCAUCGCAUGAGCCGAUCGUGCAGCCAGGUCAACUCCUGCAAUAUCUUCACCGUGGACUUUUAUAUACAGCCGCCGAAAAGCAUGUACAGAGCAUGCAGGAUGCAGGCACUAGCUCUCAGACGACAGAUGUCACAGCCACCUUGCCCAAACCCGACGCCCUCGUGAAACCCAUGCGUCUGUCUCCGCCGCCAUCCCGACCCGAAAAGGUCGAAAAGCAUGUGAAUGCAUCGUCACAAACACCUGUGUGGCAGUCUGAGCCCGUGCCUCCGUCCAGAGAGGCUGGCGAAGCGACCAAGCGCAGUUCCGAAUGGGACGUGCCGCCUUCAGAAAAGCGGAGCAGAGCCGAGGAUUCUACGCACAUGUCGCCCACAGAGACACGCCGCACCAAGUCCAAGACGAAAAAAAACGGACACGCGCGGCGCACAUCUGAACAGGGUGCUAAGUUUGCGCCAGCGCCCACAGCCACCAAAGACCCCAAUGCCACACAACUUUCUGGACAUACCGCAGAAGUUUUUGUAUCAGCAUGGAAUCCUAGUGUUCCAGGGAUGCUUGCUAGUGGCGCAGGUGACGCAACUGUGCGUAUUUGGGAUAUGAUGUCGCCGGACGAGGCGCCAGCUGUCUGUAAGCACUUGCCACCAACGCAAGCCAAGAAUGUGUCAUCCGUCGAAUGGAAUUCAGACGGCACACUUCUGGCUUCAGGCUCUCACGACGGUAUUCUACGGCUUUGGACGCCUCAGGGCGAUUUACAUCUCGUCAUGUCGAUGCAUCAGGGACCUAUAUUCGGCGUGCAUUGGAACCAGAAAGGAACCAUGCUGCUCACGGGUGGCGCUGAUGGAACGGCGAUUGUGUGGGACGUUGGCAGUGGUCGCACGCGACAGCAGAUCAGCCUGCAUUCCAAUAAUGUUAUGGAUGUGCAGUGGCUCACUGGCAGGUCCUUUGAGCAUGUGGCACAUCCCAACCAGGCGCUGGCUGAUGCACUUUUUGCAACGUGCUCAGCAGAUGCCACCGUGCAUCUGUGCAAAUUAGGUGAACCAAAGCCCAUCAAGACCUUUGCUCGACAUUCGGACGAAGUAAACGCAAUCCGCUUUGACCCAUCACAAACUCUGCUAGCGUCAGCGUCUGAUGAUGCUAACGUACAUAUAUGGCCACUGAAUUUAUCGGGACUAGCUACAAGCACAACCUCUGUGGCGCCAAAUGACACCGAGCCCCUACAUAUUCUCCGAGGACACACGCAGGAAGUGUAUGCACUGGCAUGGAAUAAUACAGGACCCGGCUCAUCGCAUCCAGACAAGCCACGUAUGCUAGCGACCGCUAGUUUUGACCACACAGCCCGCAUUUGGAAUGCAGACACAGGUGCAUGCCUUCAUGUGAUUCAGGGCCACGAAAUGAGCGUGUUCACACUGUGCUUCAGCCCAUGUGCUCGCUACUUGGCUACAGGAGGCAUUGAUCAUCGCGUUUUAAUUACACGUGUAUCUGAUGCACAUACUGUCUACUCCUACACGGGUGGUGGAUCCAUUAUGGACUUGGCCUGGACCCAAACACCUCGCACGCAGCUCGCUGUGGCCCAGUCAGACAAGCAGCUCGUGGUCCUCGACUUAAGUACAAGCCUCCAUUAG